AUGUCAAACCUAUCCACCCUUGGUGCAUGGUCCUUCCACCCCCUCGCCUCGCCCUUCCCAUCCACAAUCCUCCCCAACAUCGCAUACUGGAACGUCACAAACGGGACCUGGGAGUACGAAGUGCAAGUCUCCUGGCCGCUAAACUGGACGUCCCGAGACGUCGCCAGCACCGUUGAAACCCUGUACGUUCUAGAUGGCAACGCCCUCGGCCUCAGUACCACAGAAGCAUUCCGCAAACGCCGCCCCGUCGACUUCGCCCAGUCCGACACCAUCGUCGUGAGCGUCGGGUAUCCUGCUUCCAACCUACAGCCCGACUCGCCGUAUUCAGACGCCCGCUACUACGACUACCAAAAUGCCCGUGUGCCCCACCUGCGCGCCCCAGCAAGACGCCCCAGGCGUGCCCUCGGGCGGCGCUGCUUUCCUGGCUUUCUUGGACGGCGUGCUUCGCCCUUGGGUGCAUGA